AGCCGCCAUGCGGGAGCGGCGCGCUGCGUCGCCGCUGCGGGUGAACUCGGCGUUUGCCGCGCGGUACGGCCGCUACCGGGAGCGCGAGGAGCUGCAGCGGUUGAAGGAUCGCUACUGGGACCGGGAGAGCGGCGGUGACUCCAGCUCCGAGUCUGACUCAAGCGACGAGCGCGUGGAAUUUGACCCCCAGGAGGAGCAUGACUUUUACAGGACACUCUCCUUGUUGAAGAAGAAGGACCCCCUCAUUUAUCAGAAAGAUGCCACCUUCUAUCAGAGAACAGCAUCCUUGUCAGAGAGCGAGGAGGAGCCAGCAGCCUUGGAGAAACGGAAGAAAGUGCGGCCCAUGUACUUGAAGGACUAUGAGAGGAAGGUUAUCCUGGAGAAGGAAGGCAAAUAUAUUGACGAGGAGAACUCCGACGCGGAGACUUCUGAUCAGAGACUCCAGGUGGAUGGGGUGGAGGCCGGGUGUGGGGCUGAGGGGCCCCCAGCUGGCCUGAGGCUCACGUCACUCUCUCCUCUGCAGCAAACCUCGUCUCAGAGUUACAUUGAAGAACAGAAACAGCUCAAGGAAGGCUUCCGGGCGUUCGUGGAGGACAGCGAGGAUGAGGACAGCGCUGGGGAGGGUGGCUCCGGGCUGCUGCAGAAACAUGCUAAAACCAGGGAGGAGAAGGCGCAGGAGGAAGCUGACUACAUGGAGUGGCUCAAGGGCCAAAAAGAGCUUCAGAACCCUGAGUCCUUGGAGGAACUGACCCAUCUCAAGGAAUACUGGAACGACCCAGAGCUGGAAGAGGGGGAGCGAUUCCUGCGGGAUUAUAUCCUCAACAAACGCUACGAGGAGGAGGGAGAUGAGGACGAGGAGGAGGAGGAGGAGGAGGAGGAGGAGGAGAAAGGGGUUGCCCCAGUCCAGCUGGCUGUGGACGACUCCUCCGACGAGGGGGAGCUGUUCCUGAAGAAGCAGGAGGACUUUGAGCACAAGUACAACUUCCGCUUCGAGGAGCCUGACUCGGCCUCGGUGGGUGGCAGGGUUUGGGGGGACCCAGCCCCUGGGGGGGCCCCAUGUCAUCUCAGCUGCCUUUCUGGGCUUCUCUGCUGUCCCCAGGUCAAGACCUACCCACGUAGCAUCGCAUCCUCCGUGCGCCGCAAGGACGAGCGCAGGAAGGAGAAGAGGGAGGAGACGCGGGAGCGGAAGAAGAGGGAGAAAGCAAAGAAGCGGGAGGAGUUGAAGCAGUUGAAGAACUUGAAGGGGAAGGAGAUCUUGGCCAAGCUGGAGAAGCUGCGCAAGGUCACAGGCAACGACACGCUGGGCUUCGAGGAGGGGGACCUCGAGGACGACUUUGACCCUGCCCAGCACGACCAGCUCAUGCAGAAAUGCUUCGGGGACGAGUACUACGGCACCGCAGAAAAGGAGAAGCCGCGAUUUGAGGAAGAGGAAGGGCUUGAAGAUGACUGGAACUGGGACACUUGGGACGGGCCACACCAGGAUGGAGCCUGGAGCCAGCAGGAGCUGCACUGUGAGGACCCCGACUUCAAUAUGGACGCCGACUACGAUCCCAGCCAGCAGCGGAAGAAGAAGCGUGAGGCCCCCUCGAUGGGCAAGAAGAAGCGCAAGUCGCCUUUCGCCGUGGCCGUGGGGCAGGAAAAGCCGGUGUUUGACCCUGGGGACAAGACGUUUGAGGAGUACCUGGAUGAGUAUUACCAGCUGGACUACGAGGACAUCAUUGAUGACCUGCCCUGUCGCUUCAAGUACCGCACCGUGGUGCCCUGCGACUUCGGGCUCAGCACCGAGGAGAUCCUCGCUGCUGAUGACAAGGAACUGAACCGGUGGUGCUCCCUGAAGAAGACCUGCAUGUACAGGUCGGAGCAGGAGGAGCUGCAGGACAAGAGGGCAUACAGCCAGAAGGCCCAGAACUCCUGGAAAAAGCAGCAGAUCUUCAAGUCCCUCUGCCCAGAGACAAAGAUGCCCACAGAGGCCACAGGGAAGCCACAGAGAGACAAGGCUGUCCCUCGAGAGCAGCUGCCGGUGCCUGAUGCGGCCUGCGGGAAGCGGCCCCGGCCCGAGAGCCCCCCAGCACAGGAAGAGGAGGCCCCCAUGUCACCCACCCAGAAGCCAGCCCCCCAGAGGCAGAAGAGGGGCAAGAAGGCACGGCUGCUGGGGCCCACGGUGACGCUUGGUGGGCGCGAGUUCAGCCGCCAGAGACUGCAGGCCUUUGGGCUCAAUCCCAGACGGCUGCACUUCCGUCAGCUGGGCCGGCAGCAGAGGAAGCAGCAGAGGCCCAAGGGUGGCUCCUGAGUGCCAGGGAGCAGGCAGGGCCCCCGGGCUCCUCCUUGCAGAUCAAGCCCUGGCAUGGAUCCCCUUCCUAGUGCCGAAGACCAUCUGCCACUAGAACCUCAUGUCUACCUUGGGCAAGCCAGUCAGCCCAGCCCACAGAUGCAGAAACUGAGGCCUACUUCACAAACUUACCCAAGUGACUUGGAAACCUCACCUUAAGGCACCUCCUGGACUCCACAUCCCCUCAGAAUGCUGAGCCCAGCCACAGCCAUGUUCAAGUCAAACAGCUUUAUUAGACCCCGGUGGCCACAGUUCCCCUGGGACAGGGGCUUCAGGACCAGCCAGAGGCCCAGGCGGUCCAGUGCAAACUACAGUACUUGAGUCAGGCCCUGAGUGGGUGCCCGGGGGUCCACCCUCCCUCUCUUCCCUGCCAGGAGGGCCUGGCUGGUGGGAGGCAGGGGCAUGGGCACUGUCCCUGGCUGAAUAGCCCCAGCCUAGUGGUCUCCUAGACUCGUUGCAGCUGGGCUUGUUGGGGGCUGAGAACAGGAAAUCCCAUCACUGCCAGAGUUCAAGUGCCCACACCCGCCUUGACAUAAAUAAAAAAAUAAAUAGUGA